AUGCCACCCAUCACAGCACAGGCUCAGUUCCAGCUUCCUGAUGCUAAAAUGACACCUGUUUACAGAACAUCUGAGAGCACAAAGUUGAGUGACUGGGGAGGACAGCAAUCAAACUUGCGGAUAGUCCUUGUUGGAAAAACUGGGGUUGGAAAAAGUGCAACAGGAAACACCAUCCUUGACAAAGAUGCUUUCCACAAAGAAGCCAGUUCACUGUCAGUUACUAAAGCCUGCAAGAUGGCUACCAACACAUUUAAUAGCUGUAACGUGGUGGUGGUGGACACUCCUGGGUGGUGUGACACAGGCCUAUCUGAGGCUGAAAUUGUGCAGGAAACAAUCCAGUGCAUCGACAUGUCCUAUCCCGGGCCUCAUGUGUUCCUGCUAGUAGUGCCGAUCGGUCGGUUCACCGAGGAGGAAAUCAAAGCAGUCCAAAUGAUACAGGAGGUCUUUGGGGAAGGAGCCACCAAAUACAUGAUGAUUCUGUUCACAAGAGGAGACGACCUGGAGGACAGAAGCAUUGAUGACUACCUGGCCAACGCCAAGGACGAGCUCAAGAGCCUGGUGGACAAGUGCGGAAGACGAUACCACGUGUUCAACAACAAAGAGCAGAGCAGCCGCAAUCAAGUGCACUCGCUGUUGAUGAAGAUCCAGGAGAUGUUGCAACACAACGGAGGCACCUACUACACCAACACGACGUAUCAGCUGCUGGAGCUGUACAAGAAGAAAGAGGCCGAGAUCCAAAAGAAAAUGAGGAACGUCGAGAGGGAGAUGCAAAUGAAAGAGGCCGAGUUCCAGUGGAAGAUGGCCCUGAUGCAGCAAGAGCAGCAAAGACAGAGAUUAAAGGAGUCAGAACUGAGGGGGCAGCUUCUGGAGAGUGAAAUCAGACGAUCUCGCGAGGAAGCUGCACUGGUCGCAGCCCUAGAAGACGUAAGACUCGAGUUGGUCCAGGAAGAACAGAAGAGGAAGGCCGCAGAAGAGGCUCAGCAGAUGUUUGAAAGCUCUCAGGCCCAAAAAUCUGCAGAAGAACAGCAGAGACGUGAGCUGGAGUACGCAGAGCACCAGAGGAAGAUGCUGGAAGAGGAGCAAAAGAAGGUAGCGGAGUGGACCAUGCAUCAGCAUUGCAUGGAGGAGGAGGAACAGAAGAGGAAGACGGCGGAGUCCGAGCACAAGCAGAGCAUGGAGAAGGAGAAGCAGAAGAUUGAACAGGAGAGGCUUGACAUGCUGAAAGAAUACAAAGAAAAAAUGACUGAGCUAGAGCAUCAGGGGCAGCAGAUAAAGACCGAGAAGGAAGAAUGGUUGAGGAAAAACAUCAGGAAAAAUCCAUGCUGUAGUAUUGCGUAGAGAAUCUGUCCAAGUCUUUGCAGCGGUGUAACCUAACAGUGCUUAGCGUGAAUCAAUAUGAUCUGCAAUUAUUUUCCUGAAGAAAUUCAGCCAAAUAUGUUCUUGUGAACGUCAUCAUGAACCCCACAACCA